UUAGCGGCAACAGUUCUAUUGCAGUUUCUGUGUUCAAUCAACACCCAGCCCGGUGCAAGGAUCCUCAUCAACACCACCCCAGCCAUCAUGAAGUGUGCAACGAUCAUCUGUGCUUUUGCCGUCGUCCUGAUGGUCGCCCUCGCAAACAGCAACGUCUCAGCGGCGGCAAUUCCUGACGUCCCGAACACGCUCUAUGACGUGGAGUUGUCCGAACAGACGCAUCAGGAAGCGCUGGAAAGCCACCGAACGAAGCGAGCGACUUGCGAUCUGGCCAGUGGCUUUGGCGUUGGCAGCAGCCUCUGUGCGGCUCAUUGUCUUGCCCUUCGAAAACGGGGUGGCUAUUGUAACCCACAAGGCGUGUGCGUUUGCCGUAAUUAAUCCUGCUUCCAGUUAUGCGUGGAACGAUCCUCUACCUUCUGCCAGGAGAAGCUUUCGGGAGGCUCUCGAUCGCUUGGGGC